AUUUAUUCAUUUUAUAAUUUUUCUAUUUUUUUAUGACCAAAGUAAUUCUUAUCUUAAAAUUUUAUAUUUUAGAAAUAGAAUUGUCAGUCAAAAGUUACUUUUCAAUCAAUUUGUUACUUUUUGCUUGAUCUGGCAACAGUUAUUACCAUCAACUACGAUUACAAUUUGUAAGUUCUGCCAUUUUUCGAGUGUUCAAACAUCGAUUUAUUGUUUUGCCAUUUUUAACUGCUUUUACUACGAUGGAGAAGUCAGGAGAAUAUUUAGGUGACAAUUUAUUAAUUCAAGCUAUACAAGAAUUUCCAUUUAUUUAUGACAAAAGUCAUACAGACUUUAAAGACAUUAAAAAAAAAAGUAAUUCAUGGAAGACCGUGGCGGAGACUGUCCAAUUGACAGUGUCUGAAGCCCAGGCGAGAUGGAAACUGUUACGAGAACGCUUCGGGAAAGAAGAUCGCCGAUAUACCCCAUCUGGGAGCGGAAAAGCCUCGCAGCCUGUAUGGCCAUUAUAUCAGUCAAUGAUGUUUUUAAAGAAUAUUGUAAAACAUCGCAAGACUCGAAGUAAUUAUGCACCAUCGACCGAUGUUGAAGCACUCCAUGAGAGUACAAGUGUACUCCAUGGAGAUGCAGACACAUCCCCAUGGAAUACACUUGAUACAUUAACGAGAGAUGUAUCAGUGUGUGAACAGGAUGACAUUUGUGAUGGUGUUGCAACCUAUUGUGAUGGUCCAUCAACUUCUGUAGGUGACAUAUCAACUCACCUGACAAAUAUGAAAAGAAAAAAAAAACAACAGAAACUGAUAAUGUUGAACUAGAGACAAGCAUACUAAAUACUUUGUCAGCUGUGUCAACCCUAUCUAAUGAACAUUCAGAAUCGCAAUAGUGAUGACAUUUUUGUAGAAUCAGUUUUUACAAAUAUGUCAGAAUUAAUGAGAAAAAUGAAUCCUAAAGAAAAAAAGGAGUUUAAAAUAUCUAUUUUGGAAUUUUUAGACAAAUAUGAAUAAAUUUGAACACUCCAAGAACUGUUGUUUUGUUUGAUUUGGUAAACCACAUUCAUGAAUAUACAGACAGUAUUAGAAUAUAAGUA